AUGGGUGCCCUGCAUAGUCUUACCUUACCGGUGCCGAAGAUGCCAACGUUCAUUUUCAAAACAAUGGCCAAGUUCUUACAGCAGCUGACAGGCACAAGACAGCCGCCAAUGCGUCGUUUGCUUUCCUCGGUCGCUGCCACCACUUCCCCGAUCAAUGCGACUCCUGGUGUUGGUUCUGCUAGUGAAGAGGAGAACGGGCUGCCUGACGACGUACUCAUUAACAACCCACCGCCGGGUUCGCUGACCACGUCACAACUUUUCGGCUCUACGUCCUCCAUCGGCUCAAUUCCUGAGCCUCAGUCGCAUCUCUUCAAAUUUGUCAGUGAAUGGAGACUUGUUGAGGAGUUUGAGUGGCUCAGGUAA